AUGCCUUCUCAACGAGGCGAGUUUAGCCGACAAGGUCACCAACAAUCGCUGCCUCUUCGGCUCCAUCCCGAAAUCCCCCGCCAAUGCCAAUGCCCUAAUCCUUUUCCCCUUCUCGGGAUGGUGCGUCCUACUGCAAAUGGCACCGACGGGGAUGGUCAUUUUGACCGAUCGGACCGGUACGACACGGUGUUCCCUAAGGGUGCUUCGUCUCAGGUAUGUAAAAUAGGGGAAACAGAGUCGGUAUUUGGACAAGAGGAGGAAGAGGCGAAGCUUUGGAGGGAAGAGGUUUCAAGAAUGGGAGUGAGUUCGAGAGCCUUUUCACCUUUGAAAGAUAAGUUAAUAUAUGGCACUGAAGAUUACCACCUACCUUGUACUCCUUUUGUUAAGGAUGCUUCUGAGAUGUUUGGUUUCACGCAAGGGUGCCUUCCAUUGAAAAGAUGGGAUGAACUCAACUAUUUUUUUAAAAAAUCUGGGGCUAAGAUAAUUUUUGGAUUAAAUGCUCUUGCUGGAAAAACAAUUCACGGUAAUUCUGCAACAGGACCUUGGAAUUCCACCAAUGCUGAGUCAUUUAUCAGAUAUAAUGUUAGAAAUGGCUACACCAUUCAUGGAUGGGAACUUCGCAAUGAAUUGAGUGGGAGUGGAGUUGGAAUAAGCAUUAAAACAGACCAAUAUGCUUCUGAUUUUGCUGCUUUACGAGACAUAGUUUACAAUGAAUAUGCAGAUAUUGAUUCUAAGCCACUAGUCAUUGCACCUAGAGGGUUCUUUGAUUCAACCUGGUUCAGGGAAUUUAUAAGCAAAUCUGGAAAAGCUUUGGAUGUGGUCACCCACCACAUUUAUAACCUUGGACCAGGAGUUGAUGAACACCUUGUGGAAAGAAUUCAGGACCCUUCCUUUCUUGAUAAGGAGGCUAGCACAUUCAGUGGCCUCAAAAAUAUACUUGCAAGUAAAGGUACCUCAGCUACAGCAUGGGUUGGUGAGUCAGGAGGGGCCUACAAUAGGAUUUGGAAUUAGAAGUUCACCAAUCUAACCUAUGAUGAUAUUCAAGGCAAACCUUUAUUUAUUACAUGGACUAACUCGGUUUUAUGGUUGAGUUUAAAGAGCUAGAUUUCAUGUUCAGAACUCAAUCUUUUAUGAUUUUACAUUGUUGAAGACUGGUGAAAUGUUUAAUUCCUACCCCAUAAUCAAAUUUGAAUAUUAGUGAGGUUGAUUUAUCCUUUGUUUUUUUGUUUCUAACUUUAUUCUUAGCAUCGUUUGGUGGUAGCAAUUGGGUAUUGGUUUUGGUGAGCUAAAGGGGAAUGGUUUGUUGUGGAUAGGCAGGGGAUCCACUCUAUGUUCUGUUAUGAUGUUCACUAGCAGCCGUUGGCACAAGUCUUCUCAAAAUUGAGGGUAUUCUAGAAGGGGUCUCUAGGCUCUGGAUCUCAAAUGACAUUGAAUUUGAGGAGUAAAAUUUCAUGGCCUUGAUGAG